GAGGAGAUAUCGGCGGCCAGGGAGCUGUCGAUGGAGGGGACGACCGACUUAUCCCAAUUGGUGUCCAACGUAUUGCCACAGAACAGCAACUGUAACACUAGUCCGGUGCCCAUCAGUCGGGCCAACUCCAUGUCCGGCCAACAGGGCGGCCCUAACCCGGGAGGGCUUAUGAUGAAUAGGAAUAACAAUCAACAGUCGAUCGCCUCGUCCCUACCCGACCACUACCAGAGCGCCGGAUUCGACCUGUCGGCCCCUCAACCGCCCCCACAAUUGGCACAGCGAGACAUACCGACACCGGGAGGCUUGGGUCCCAUCGCGAGGCCCCGUUCCUACAGUACGUCAACUGCCACGGCCGCCUCGGAGAGCCUACUGCACAGUUACCUCGAGCGUAACGGUCAACUCAAAAACAACACGUCCUCCCUGUUCGGGGGCACCAGUAGCCCGCUGUUCGCCCCCUUACGGGAGUCGGCCUUUGGACUGUCGCCAUCUGGUGGGACGGGUAGCGACGGCACCGGUAACUCGUUUUACAACCCCAUCGACGCCGUACUCAACCAGACGUUAGAUGAUCUCAAUUUGGAUGACAUCCAUAUGGAUGCGCUCGAGAAGGAGUUCCAGCACCAGCAGCAACAGCAUAGCGGUGGUCAGAGUACAGGUGCUCAGCAGCACAAUGAUGUCGGCAAUCACGUGGACAGCCUACUGACCGAUAGGCAUAGGAAUAGCCUGUUGGGCUCGACGCAGCCUGUUAAUAUACCCGGCGCUCGACACAACAUAGGCAACACCAACUCGAGCCUCCCGUCCCCACCCAUCGGACAGUCGCCGUUAACAUCGUCGCUGAACAGUGGGGGUCCGCCGGGUGGCGGCAAUGGAGGUGGCGGUGGCUUCGGCAUGUCGUCGCCCUUCAUGCACCGGACCAACUCUGUGGGCCAGUCCUCGCUGUACGACUUCGGGGGCACCGGCGGUAAUAUGUCGCCCACGACGGGGGGCAACAACACGACUAACACGUCGACUAUCGUGGCCUCUAUGAUGGAGGUGCAGAGGCUCCGGGAGGAGAACACCCUACACAAGGCUACGCUCGCUAAUUAUGAGGAGAAAUUAGCCCAGGCCAUGAAUUUAUGGAAACGAGAGGUAGAGGAAGUGACCCGAAAGGAGAAGUUAGCCGAGUCUCAGAGGGAUGAGGUAUGUGUGACCCCGAUCACUAUGACCACCAUUAAUACCCUGUUGGCCCGACUGAUGGGCACCGGACUAGUGUUACAGUUGCUGUUCUGUGGCAAUACGUUGGACACCAAUUGGGAUAAGUCGGUCGUCCCCUCCAUCGACAGCUCCCUGGCCGCCGAUAUCUCCUCUACAAUAUUAACAGUAAAAUAUUAA